AUGCUAAAAACCAACCCGUGAAUCCUAGUGUAUCGUACAAACAAACACGUGGCAUUUAUUUCCCAACAAAUCUCCUAUUGCAAUUCAUAACUUCCCACGUCAUCUCCAAAUUCCAACCUCUACUGACGUGCCAUCUUCCUCCUCGUUGUCACUCAGGCCACGUGUGAAAAAGCUUCAUCUGAUAUUUUUGUUUUGUUUACAGUUAAUGGUAGCGCUUGCAGCAGAUUAUUUUCGGUUAUCUAUAUAAACAAUAUUCCAUUUUAUUUUGAGGUACAUUUGUUUUUUGUUCAUGAAAAUUAGGAAUGAUUUUGAAGGAACCCUAAAUCAAGAAUGAGUCCUCAACAUCAACAACAACAAAUCCAUGGAAAGAGGGAUAAUCAAAUCAACAACAAUGCCAAUAAACCAUUGUCUCCACCGUCAUUGAAGAUCAAUAAGGAUUCUCAUUUGAUUCGGAAAUCUUCCUCUUCUUCCAAUACUUCUUCUCCAUCUUCCUCUUCAUCUUCCACUACCUCUCUUGUCAAUGGCGUUCCCACCGCUGUCGCUAAGCCGCCUCAACGACAUCCGGUGAUUAUAUACACACAUUCUCCCAAAAUCAUUCAUACACAUCCUCGAGAUUUCAUGGCCUUGGUUCAAAAGCUAACCGGAAUGUCUCGAUCUGAUGAUGAAGCUUCUACGAAAGCAACGGCGAAAUCCGUCGAUGAGAAUAAUAAAGUAUUUAAAGUUGUGAAUGAUGAUAAUGAAUCGUCGUCUGUUUUGACGACGGAUGAAAAUUGCUGUAAUGGUAGCGGAUCAAGCGGUGCGGUGGAAGGUGGUCAGGUUAAUUCGUGUUUUGGUCCGGCGAGUUUUGAGCCACCGCCACCACCACCACCACCUCCGCCACAACUGGCGAAUUCUUACCUAACGAAUAUGCCGGUUUAUGGGCCGAAUUCGACGGAGUUUUUGUGCGGUAAUCAACCGAUUUUUAACUAUGAUGAUUCUUUGCUUUUUGGUGGUUCCAAUAUUCCUUCUCUUUCGUCCAACGGAAUUAGUGAUUUUAGCGAAUUUUAGAAUGACUUUUUUUUUUAUUAUUAUUAUUUUAAAUAGUUGAGUUUGAGAAUGGACUAAUUAUUUAAUUCAAUUUGAUUUGAAUGCAAUAAAUUAUACCAAAUAAAUUAUUAUU